ACACAUGUUAUUGGUACACAUAAUAAUAAAAGAUGGAGGGAGAGGGAGAGAGUCAAUCUCCUCUUCUCUCUCACCUGAUCACUCUGAGGAUAGAGGAAGCCAUUGAUAAAUUAAAGAUAUUAGGAUAUGAGAAGAAUUUUUGUCAAAAGCUGAAAUUUAGACCAAUACCAAGGCAUUAUUUUGCUAUAGCUACUAAUUCUGGUGAGCAGUUCCAUGCAUUCACUAAUCUAUCAGUCUGGCUACUGAACCUGUGUGGAUCACAUUUAGAGCAACCACAAGAAUAUGAUGAUCCUAAUGCUACAAUAGCUACCAUCAUUGCUGAAGCAAAGAAACUAGGUGUCCCGACCAAUUUUCCACCAAUGAAAUUGAAAACGGGCUCUGGAGAGCAGGUUUGUAAUGUACUGAGUCAGUUGGUGGAUAAAGCUCUUGAGAGAUCUCGCUUUAGCUGGGAAAAGCCAGUGUAUCCAGAGGAGACAGGCCAGGAAGAAGCAUCAGUUCAAGAUGGCCCUGAAGAGGUAUCUCUAUCAAAGAUGGAGGAGGAGAUUCAAGAAGACGUUGAUGAUAUGAGUGAUGAAGAGGGUGGGGCAGGGGGUGGGGCAAUAUUCCUGGAUCUUAACUUAAGCGAGCACGACCAAUUCAAAGAAUUGCAGGCUAAAGAGGUGCUUGAAGAUGCAAUGGAGAACACAGUAGACCCUGAGGAGUGGAGACAAGAGGUUGAGAGAGUCUUACCAUCUCUUAAAGUUCAUUACAGAAGUGACAAUAGAGACUGGAGGCUUCAUUAUGAGCAAAUGCACAAUUAUCACGAUAAUAUUAAAACUGUUCUAUCAGAUACCAAGAUUCAUUUGGAUAAGCUUCAUACAGAAAUCACCAAAACUCUUGAAAAAAUUGGCUCAAGAGAGAAAUACAUAAAUCAACAAUUAGAAUCACAAGUCUUGAUGUUUCGUUCAUCACAAGACAAGCUCUCAUCUGCUAGGAAUGAGUACAAGCAAAGCAGUCAUAGUGUCAAUGACCUUUCCCAAAGACUAGCAGAGAUAUCUGCUCAGUUAGAAUUAGUGAAAGCUGAAAUGGAUGAAAAGGGCACCAGCAUGACGGAUGCAGGCCCAGUUGUACGUAUAAAGCAAGCAUUAACUAAACUAAAGGAAGAGUGUACUGAGAUGGAUGUACAGAUUGGCCUGUUGGAACACACACUCCUUGAUCUACAGUACAAGACAAAGACAGCAAUCAGACUCCAAAUGAGUGGAGGAGCAAAUAACAAGAAAUCAAAAACAUUAUUUUAAGUACACCCACAACUCACACUUAGAUGUACACACACUAUAUGUAUACAUUUAUGUACAAUUGUACAUGGUAUGUACAAUCAUUCUUAAUGCAUUUACUGGGAAGGGAUGGCUGGCGAUUGACACUAGCCAUCUAUCCUGAACUCUGACACAUUAA